AUGUUUUACUGUCGUUACUGUCUGCAUGGAUUUAUUCGAGAAGACCUUCUACCAGAUCAUGAGCCCCACUGUUGUCGAUAUGGAGUCCAGCGUAUUGAGUUACUGAGUGAAGACAAUGCUUCACUCUAUUUCAAAGAUUAUCACAAACAACUCAAGGUACCAUUUGCUAUUAAUGCUGAUUUUUAAAGCGUCACAGCCAAGAUCAAUUCAGCAACUCCCGAUCCAACUAAAUCAUCUACCGAGAAAUAACAGCAUCACCAACCUUGUGGAUUUUCGUAUGUUGUCGUAUCAGAGGCAGAACAAUAUUCCAAUUUGCCCGUUGUGUGUAUCGUAGUGAGGAUGCUGUGGAUAAGUUUCUCGAAUGUUUAGAGACAGAACAGCAAUACAUCGAAGAAAAACUUAGUUUCAUCCAGCCGAUGCGCAUCGAGAACGAAGAAGAACAGAUGUUUCAAAAUGCCAUUAACUGUCAUCUGUGGUUUUGAAUUGGGCGCCGACCGAGUUCGCGAUCAUUGCCAUCUCACAGGAAAGUAUCGUGGAGCCGCACACAACGAAUGUAACUUAAACUAUAGUUUUACUGGACGCAUUCCUGUCAUUCUGCAUAGUCUUCGUGGUUAUGACUCCCACCUGAUUAUGCAAGGUCUUGGAAAGUUAAAGAAUAAGGAGAUCAACUGCAUCCCCAACAAUAUCGAAAAGUAUAUUUCCUUUUCCAUCGAUAAACUAGAUUUUAUUGACUCACUUCAGUUUAUGGACGCUUCCCUCGAACGGCUGGUGUCUAAUCUUUCAAAGAGUGGCGCAGAUAUGUUUCCAAUUUCCAGAAACACACUGAAGCUGAAAGAGUACCAUUGCUUCUGCGGAAAGGCGUAUAUCCGUAUGACUACAUGGAUAGUGUGGAAAAGUUUGAUAAAGAAACUCUGCCUCCUCAAGAAUGCUUCUACAGUGUUCUAA